UGGAGAAGGUCAGGCCCGCAGAACCCGGAACCGGAGACAGAGCGGAUCACCCGUACGAGGAGCCUGGGGCUUGUGUUGUGGUGGACAUGGCCUGCUGCGGUCACUACUUCCCGGGACAGUAUGAAGCUCCGGCCGUGUUCUGAGCGGAAAUGUAGCAGUGAGGCCAGCAAUUUAGAAGAUCAGAAUACCCUAACCAUGCAGGCAAGUUCUGGACAUGCUCAUCAGGCCGGCAGUAUUGAUGGUUCCUCAGCUAGUCUUUCUCUUCCCACUGUUCGUUCACCAGCAGAAGGUUCCAGCAGUACUGGAGAAGUGACAAUAAAUCUCCGCCCUACAAAUUAUGAAAGUGAAGGACGGUCUGGGUCUCGACAUACCAGACCAACCAUACGUUUACACAGUCGGCAUGGUCAUGCACACUCAAAUUCCAAUGGCGCAAAUGGGCCAGAUGAUCCAAAUCAUGCAGACAAUAGAGAAAACAGCAACAGUAUCUCAGAAGUCCUGCAUGUCUACCAGUGGCUGGAAAAAAGCUUUCCAUAUAUAUUAAUCUUCAGUGCCAAACUUAUUGUUCAGCACCUAACAGGCAUUUCUAUUGGAAUUGGUCUGCUAACAACUUUUCUCUAUGCAAACAAAUGCAUUGUAAAUCAGGUUUUUCUAAGAGUAAGU